UUGUUUAUUUCAAACGUAGGCGGCAGCAGUCUAGUCAAAUAUGGCAACAGCAAUGGAAGUAGAUCCACCGUCAAGCUCAACUUCCAAAGGGGAUACAAAGAAACGAUUUGAAGUUAAGAAGUGGAAUGCUGUAGCACUUUGGGCUUGGGAUAUUGUUGUUGACAACUGCGCGAUAUGUAGGAAUCACAUCAUGGAUUUAUGUAUUGAGUGCCAAGCUAACCAGGCCUCAGCGACGUCUGAUGAAUGUACAGUGGCCUGGGGAGUGUGCAAUCAUGCAUUUCAUUUCCAUUGCAUUUCCCGUUGGUUGAAGACAAGACAAGUAUGUCCAUUAGACAACAGAGAAUGGGAAUUUCAAAAAUAUGGGCGUUAAUAGUUUGGUUUACAUUCUCCUAUCAAAAAUAUUCAGAGGACACACAUCCGAGGAACACGGUCAUGAUAGUGCCCCAAUGAUUUAAGUCCAUCAAUCUACCAAAACAAAAUGUAGUAUUCAAUUAAUAAAGAAUAAUUAAAUUUGAUAGGAGAAUUAUUUCAAAACAAGUUAUUUAUGCAAAGUUAACUGUUUAACUUAGCCCGGCAUACCUUAUGAGAUUUUUGUCGUCAGAAUUAUUAGUUUAAUCAAACAAUAUCUAAUAGGGUAUGCCGAGCUUUAGACGUAUCCGACAGAUAUGUUCAAAUAUGAUUGUACUGCCAUAACACUGAAAAAACUAUCUGAAUAGUGGUAAAAGCUUUUGCUUUUGGUCUCAAAUUGAUCCAUACUCUAAGACUAUGAGGCAAUAUAAAACCGACUAACUAAAGCCAGGCCAUCACUACGUUGUAUGGCCGACGAAUGCACUCACCGUUACAGUCUGAACAGAUCAUCAAGAGUGAUCCGUUGUGCACGUCGUAGCAUUGCGUUCUCCGUAGUCAUGUCGACUGACGGGCACAGCAAGUGCUCAUCUUAACAUGCCUCAGUCUGAUGGCAGCUUGUACCUUCCAAGAAGUAUCUGAUAUAUCUACCAGCUUUUUGCAAAGUACCAUACAGUAAGAUGUCAAGAAGUAUCUUGUAAGUUAACAAGUUACAAAAUUUCAGAACUGUAUUGUACACUCAUUGAAUAAAAAAAAAGACAAGGAAAAC